AUGGAGGAUUUGUUUGAGGAGCCAGAGCACCACCUGCCAGGCAAGCAGCAGCAGCUGCAGCAGCAGCAGCAGCAGCAGCAGCAGGAGGAGCAGCAGCAGCAGCAGCAGGAGCAGCAGCAGCAGGAACAGCAAGAGGAGGAGCAGCAGCAGAGCAGAAACGGCAGCAGCGGCGCCUCAUUUCGAACGCAGCAGCAGUUCUUCAAGCAGCAGCAAGUGGAGGACAAGGCCCCGCAUGCGCUGCUGUUGCAGCAGCAGCAGCAGCAGCAGCAGCUUUACAUGGCGCAGCAGCAACAGCUUCAGCCGCUGCAGCAGCAGCAGAGCCAUCCCCCGCAGCAGCUCUACGCCCCGAAUCAACAGGCCUACAUGCAGCAGCAGCAGCAGCAGCAGCAGCAGCAGCAGCAGCAGCCGCAGCAGCAGCAGCACAUGAUGCUGCAAGGAUUUCAUCCUAUGCAGCAGAUGCAGCAGCAGCAGCAACCACAGGGGCCAGGCUUUAGUCAUUCAUACGACGUGCUGCAGCAGCAGCAGCUGCAGCAGCAGCAGCAGCAGCUGCAGCAGCAGCAGAUGCAGCAGCAGCAACGCCUGCAGCAGCACCAACAGCAGCUGCAGCAGCCGCAACAACUUCCGCCGUUGCAGCAGCAGCAGCAAUUUCAUCCGCAGCAGCUGCAGCAGCAGCAACUGCAUCAGCAGCAGCUCCAACAGCAGCUGCAGCAGCAGCAGCAGCAACAGCUGCAGCACCAGCAGCAGCAAAUGCAGCACCCGCAGCAGUAUGGACAGCAGAUGCUGCAUCAGCAGCUGCAGCAGCAGCAGCUGCAACAGCUGCAGCAGCAGCAGCAGCCACAGCAGCAGUUUCUGCAGCCUCAGCAGCUGCAACAGCAGCAGUUGCAUCAGCACCUUCAGCAGCAGCAGCAGCUGCAGCAGCAGCAGCUGCAACAGCAACAGCUGCAGCAGCAGCUGCAGCAGCAGCAACAGCUACAUCAACACCAGCUGCAGCAACCACUGCAGCAAUCACUGCAGCAGCAGUAUUUCUCCGCGCUGCAGCACGAGCCGCAAGCAGCAUCGCUUCGACUGGAGCAGCAGCAGCAGCAGCAGCAGCAGCUGUUCUUGCAGCAGCAGCAACAGCAGCAGCAGCAGCAGCAGCAGAGCAGCAGCAGCAGCAGCAGCAGCUGUUCUUGCAGCAGCAGCAACAGCAGCAGCAGCAGCAGCAGCAGCAGCAGCAGCACGCGAGUCAAGAGCCGCAGCUGCUAUUUGCUGAGUCCCUCAACACUGAAGACGUUUGGGAGAAGCGGAGCGACUACGAUUCCUACGCCAGGGGGCUGCAUUGGUUUGUGCAUGCGCUGCGCUGCUGCAGCAUCAGUGACGCAGAGCAGCAGCAGCAGCAGCAGCAGCAGCAGCAGCUUAGCUUCGAGCAGCAUAGUAACGUCGGUGACGCCUUCGCCUGUAAGGAGCCGCGAAUGGCACCAAGAGCAGCAGCAGCAGCAGCAGCAGCUGCAGCAGCAGCAGCAGCAGCCGCAUCAGCAGCAGCCAUGGCAGCAUCAGCAGCAACUCCCGCAGCAGCAGCUGCAGCAGCAGCAGCAGCAGCAGCAGCAGCAGCAGCAGCCGAUGUACUUGGGGGGCGGCAAGGCGUUCAACGCGUACAGCACCCCAGCGAGCCCCCCUCUGCCUGCUGCUCCAGCACCACCACCACCACCACCAGCAGCAGCAGCAGCAGCAGGAGCAGCAGCAGCAGCAGCAGCAGCAGCAGCAGAUACAAGCAGCCUGCUAGGCAGCGAGGUGUACGUCAGUGCCCAGGGCAGCAGCAGACUAGGGAGAGGGAAACACCUGCCGCAGCGGCAGCAGCAACGCAUCAGCAGGAGGUUUGAGCUGUAUGCAAAGUCUAUAUAUAGAAUUUGCCGGCGAGAAGACUGGGCGUUGGGGGAGAAGUGGCAGGCACUGCUGGGGUGUAUAGGCACCAACGUAGCUGCCUCAGCAGUUUUAUCUUUUAUUCGUCAGCAGCUGCUGGGUAGCAGCAGCAGCAGCAGCAGCAGCAGCAGCAGCACAGCAGCAGCAGCAGCAGCACCUGAUGCAGCACCAGACCCUCUCCUCUUAGUUACUGAUGGCCUGCUGCUGCUGCUGAAACUUAUGGUGGACAUACACCGCAACAAACGCCCCCCAGUUGUAGACCUCCUAGGGAGAUUAUUUGUUUCGGGGGGCAACCGCGGAGAAGCCCCUGCCUUUGCUGAGAAGCGCAUGGAGUAUGCACACACGGAUCGAAGCAUUUGUCGUUUUUUUCUGUCGGAGUUGCUGCGGCUGUGCGGCCCCCCCUUUUCUUCUUAUUUUUGUUUAUCUCUUUUGCAGCUUAUAACCCAAGUUAUAUCAACAGAGAAGAGUGCGUUCAGAGGCAGCGAAGCAGAAGGGAGAAGGCUACGCAGCGCGGUUUUGUCUUUUAUUGACCAAACCCUCAGAUUCUGCAACGCCCCAAACCCUGUUCCUACAGAUGUAGCUGAACUGGCUCAGGCAGUGCGCGUGCGUUUGCUUGCCCUGCCGCAAGAAGAAGCGUGA